UUGGGAUCCGCUGUACGAGUCAGUUGUCUGUUCGCAUCCAACCAGAAAGCAAGUAGGGUCUGUACUAGAGUUUCUUCGGUAAGAAGCCACGAGGUCGUUCGCUGCGUUAGCAAUUUGUGCUGCAGAUUCUGAAGGAGUUAGUCAAAUGUUAUAGAAGUGUGUGAAAAAAUACAAAAAAAAAUUUCAAAUAAAGUUUGACGUGUAAACGCGGCCUAAAAUACAAGCAAAAGCGCAAGCCAACGGCUUAAACAUAAAAAUUCCAAAAAUAAAUAUUACCACUAAAUAAAAGAAGCUCCCGCGCCAUAGCCAAGUGAACACGGCUGCUGAGAUUCCAGUCCCUUAGUUUCGGCGCUGCUAAAUAAUAUUAUUUUUUCCACAUUGGAAAGCCCCAAAGUCACGUCACAUGUGUUUUGGUACUGCGUUCAACCGUUCAAAAAAGUGACAAUCGACAAACGAUCGCCAAGUAAAAGUGUUAAGUAAUAACAUGAUAACCGCGUAAAUGAGAUAAAAAACGAAAAUAAGCGUAAAAAGUGCGUACAAAUGCAGUUAGAUCGCGCGUGUUGAAUAAAAAGUGAAAAAGUGUGGCAAAGUGCAGACAAAAUUUAGUUAUUGAAAAUGUACAAUUGAAUUGAGCGCAGUUGGAGCCCAGUGUUACAAAACAAGAAAUAAUAAUAAUACACACCAGAGAGCGAGAGCAUGCACGAGCGUAAGCCAACCAACAAAAAAAUAAAUAUUUGUAUGCAUUAAAAUUCCGAACAGCGGCCAAAACUGCUGUUUAACGUUAAAAGUGAAAUAAAAUACUUGGCAACAACAACUAACACGGCUUUAUCAGCGAUAAAAGAGAGCACCAAAACACCAAAACAGCGGUUCAGCACUUUAACGAAGUGACAGCGCUGAAGGUUAUAUUCUAAUAUCACUCUGUUACCAGAAUCCAAAAAGACGCGGUACGAGUUGAUACCACUCUGCAGAAAGGACUUCGCCAAAAUUGCGCAAAAAAUUUCGUACCCGACCAGUUACACAAAUACUGCAAACCUGCACCUCAUAAACGAUCCGUUUACUAUAAUGGAGGGCUUCGUGCAUGAUUGGCCCACGCCACCGCCCACAGACAUCCCCCUGCACAUGGAUCUAGUCAGCGAAUUGCAGGGCGAUGGCGGUUUUGAGCCGCAGACGCGUGCCAGAUCGAAUACCUGGCCAUGUCCGCGACCAGAGAACUUUGUGGAACCGUCCGAUGAUUUGGACAGUACGAAGGCGAGUAAUCAACAACUGGCGAGCGCAGAUUCGCAACAGACUAUACAGAAUAUAAAUACAGCGAAAAAGAACUCGUCACGUCGUAAUGCGUGGGGCAAUUUGUCGUACGCGGAUUUGAUAACGCACGCCAUCGGCUCGGCGACCGACAAGCGGCUAACGUUGAGCCAAAUCUACGAGUGGAUGGUGCAGAAUGUGCCGUAUUUCAAGGAUAAAGGCGACUCGAAUAGCAGUGCCGGCUGGAAGAACUCCAUACGUCACAAUCUCUCGCUGCACAAUCGUUUCAUGCGCGUACAAAACGAAGGCACUGGCAAAUCCUCUUGGUGGAUGCUGAAUCCCGAUGCCAAACCCGGCAAAUCGGUGCGUCGGCGUGCCGCCUCUAUGGAAACGUCACGCUACGAAAAACGUCGGGGGCGCGCCAAAAAGCGUGUGGAGGCUUUACGUCAGGCGGGCAUAACGGGUCUCAACGAUGCCACACCGUCGCCUAGUAGUAGUGUUAGCGAAGGUUUAGAUCACUUCUCGGAGAGUCCAUUGCACAGUGGCAACUUCCAAUUGUCGCCGGAUUUCCGACAACGCGCCUCAUCGAAUGCCAGCUCCUGCGGACGCCUGAGUCCGAUACCAGCACUCAUAGGACUUGAGCCAGAUUGGAGUUUUGGCGGCGAUUACACAAGCACAAGCAUAACGCCAGCACAGGCAGCCUCAAUGGAGCAACUCGCUGGCUCAAUUGCGGAGGUCAAACUGCCAAAGGAUAUUCUACAAGGGUUUAGCGCUGCCUCCGGCAUACCCACGCAGCCGCCACCGCCAUACCAGGCGCCACAGACGUACGGCCUGAACGGACCGGUCGUCUCGCAGGGCUACAGCCUGCAGGCACAACAAUGCCUGUUGCAUCGCUCGCUGACGUGCAGCUGCUUGCACAACUCACGCGACGGUCUGUCGCCAAAUUCAGUCACCACAACCAUGUCACCCGCCUAUCCGAACAGCGAGCCGUCGUCGGACUCCUUGAACACUUACAGUAAUGUGGUCUUGGACGCCGCCAAUGCCGCUGGCGUUGCGAAUGAUAACGGUGCUAGCUUAAUGGUGCAGCAACAGCAACAACAGCAACAGCAGCAACAACAACAACAUCAACAGCAACAACAACAGCGACAACAGCAGCAACAACAACAACAGUCACUUAACACAAAUUUGGAAGACAAUAACUGCGCAUCGACGCUCAUCGGUCAGUGCAUGGAGGCGCUCAACAAUGAGCCACAAAUUGACGAAUUUACAUUGGACAGCUUUCAACCUGGUCUCGACUGCAAUCUCGAGGAGUUGAUCCGGCAGGAGAUGAGCAUUGACGGCAUGUUAGACAUCAAUAUACCGUUCACCGCUGACCCCACAAGUGUUGCCAACGAUACGGCGAAUUUGGUUAAUAGCGCCCUCGGCGGAGCGAAUAAUACGCACCAACAACAACAACAGCUGAAUCAGUUGCAGGCUCAGUUACCCCAGCAACAGCAGCAGCAAUUGAUGCCAUCACUGUUGAAUAGUAUCGCUAGCAAUAACAACAACAACAAUAAUAACAAUAGUAACAUGUUAGAGUUGCCAACCGCCACACCGACGCAAACAAAUCUGAACGCACGCGUACAAUACUCACAAGCGAGCGUUGUGACGCCACCAUCCUGGGUGCACUAGAGCGGUGCGUGUGCAUGGCGAGCGGCUGUUAGUGCGCGCAAUGUGGAGUAAAUUAGUUAUAACUAUAACAACAACAACAUUAUUAGCUAAAUAGAGUGGUAAUCUAAUCGGUGGAUUUUGUAAACACUAGCAAAUGAGAAGUAAAAGAGCAUACUAAUAACGAGUAAUUGGUAGCGAUUGCCCGCCAAACCCGAGUGUAAACGAGGUGCAGCAUGGCGAAUGACCCACUGCUGAGGUGGAGGUGACAUUCAAUAUGCAACAUAGUGUACAUAAAUACAUAUGUACGUUUAAUGUAAAAUGAUCUGCGCCGCAAGUUGGGCAGUCUGGUAGCGCCAUGCCAAUUCAACACUAGAGUUAUGUACUUGAAUACAUACAUACAUAUAUAUAUAUAUAUAUACUACAUACACAUAUAGCAAUCGGUAGUUGACGAAAUGAUUUAAUCUAUAACCUAACUGUAAAAAUAAUGCCAACGAAUUGCUUUCUACCUUCUAUCCACAUUACAACAAAAAUCAGUUUACAAAUAAAAACUGAGUAUAAAUAUAAAAACAACAAUAAAAAAAUAAAAUGAAAAAAAUAAUUACAGCAAAAAGCAAAAACAAAAACAACGGUCAUAUGAAAUAAGCUUAAACAUUGGUUGGAUAACAACAAAAAAAAUAUGAGUAAAACAAAAACAAAACAAGGACAAUAGCGACAUUGGAAACGGAUUAGAGCUAACCAACUGCUAGUAUAAUUGCCAGUGAGCGGAUAGCAUACAGACUUUAUAUGGAAAGCUAAUUUUUCUGGUCCGUGGUCGAAGCAAAACAAUACAAUACACAUAAUUACAUACAGACAUCUAUAUAAAAAUUAACUGAAA